AAUUGUAAAAUGAGAACUUUUGUAUAACAAAGCCGUACAUUGAACCCCGGAAUAUUUUAACAAAAAUGGAUUAUGAAUUUAAAAUGAAAACUGCACAGGAACGAGCAAGGGUAGAAGAUGAAUUCGAAUACGAGGGAUGCAAAGUUGGAAGAGGCACAUAUGGACAUGUAUACAAGGCAAAAAGAAAAGAAGGAGAUCAGAAGCUUAACUAUGCACUCAAGUUGAUUGAAGGCACAGGAAUCUCAAUGUCUGCUUGUCGAGAAAUAGCGCUGCUUCGUGAGUUGAAACACCCAAAUGUAAUUAGUCUACUUAAAGUGUUUUUGUCGCAUCAAGAUAGGAAGGUCUGGCUGCUGUUUGAUUUCUCAGAGCAUGAUUUAUGGCACAUCAUCAAGUACCACAGGUCAGCCAAGGCCAACAAGAAACCAAUCAACACCCCAAAAAACAUGGUCAAGUCACUGCUACACCAGAUUCUUGCAGGGAUCCACUACCUGCACAGCAACUGGGUCCUGCACAGAGAUUUGAAACCAGCCAACAUAUUGGUCAUGGGUGAAGGUCCAGAGAGGGGGCGAGUAAAAAUUGCUGACAUGGGCUUCGCCAGAUUAUUUAAUUCCCCGCUGAAACCAUUAGCUGACCUUGACCCUGUGGUUGUGACAUUUUGGUAUCGAGCGCCGGAGUUAUUACUAGCAGCCCGGCACUACACUAAAGCAAUAGAUAUAUGGGCCAUAGGAUGUAUCUUUGCCGAGCUUUUAACCUCAGAGCCUAUAUUUCAUUGUCGACAAGAAGACAUCAAGACUAGCAACCCUUACCAUCACGACCAGCUAGAUAGAAUAUUUAAUGUCAUGGGAUUUCCUCAAG